AUGGCCGAUAAGUUUGAUUAUCACAUGAUUACUUUCAGAUUCCAUGAUAAAAUCAAAGGAGAUAGUGUGGUUAAGGUCAAAUACAAAAUAGAUGGAACACAAGUACCAGGGGAGCUUAGCUCUAAGAAGGGUGAUAAGGUGACUGACACGAAUGGAAGAUCCUUGAAAGCAAAAGUUUUAUCAAGAGUGUUCCCAGAGGACUAUGAGAGAGUGAAGAAAAAGAUACUGGAUCCUCGAGGACCAACCAUACAUCGGUGGAACAAAAUCUUUUUAGCAGCAUGUUUAGUUUCUUUGUUUGUGGAUCCUCUCUUCUUUUAUUUGCCAGUAGUUCGAGACGAUGCUUGCAUAGAUAUUGGAUAUACCCUUGAGGUUGUUCUUACUAUUAUAAGAUCAAUUGCCGAUAUAUUCUACAUGAUUCAGAUAUAUUUUCGGUUUCAUACUGCUUAUGUUGCUCCUUCCUCUCGUGUAUUUGGGAGAGGAGAGCUUGUCAUAGACUCUUCUAAGAUUGCAUCAAGGUACUUGAGCAAAGGUUUUUGGAUUGAUUUCAUUGCUGCACUGCCCCUUCCCCAGGUAUUAAUUUGGGUAGUUAUCCCCAAUCUAGGGGGUUCAAUAAUGGUAAACACGAGAAACGUCCUUCGCUUUAUUAUCAUUUUUCAGUACCUCCCGAGACUUUUCCUUAUAUUUCCACUCUCGACACAAAUUGUCAAGGCUACUGGUGUUGUGACAGAGACCGCUUGGGCAGGGGCUGCCUACAACUUGAUACUUUACAUGUUAGCAAGUCAUGUUUUAGGAGCUUGUUGGUACCUUCUAUCUGUCGAGAGGCAAGAAGCAUGCUGGAGACAGGCCUGCAGUUUUGAUAAGCCUUAUUGUGAAUACAGAUUCUUUGAUUGCCAGAGGGUUUUAGGAGCCUGCUGGUACCUUCUAUCAAUCGAAAGGCAAGAAGCAUGCUGGAGAUAUGCCUGCAGUCUUGAGAAGUCAUCUUGUCAAUACAGGUUCUUCGACUGCCAUAGUGUCAAGGAUAAUGAUAGAAUUUCCUGGUUCCAAUCAAGCAAUGUCACAACUCUAUGUGAUCCAAAUGGUGGCUCUUAUCCAUUUGGUAUUUAUGGUGAUGCUGUGACUUUGGGUGUUGCAUCCUCCAAGUUCUUAAAUAUGUACUUCUACUGUCUUUGGUGGGGCUUGAGGAACCUGAGUUCUCUAGGGCAAAAUCUUUCCACAAGCACUUAUGUUGGAGAAAACAGUUUUGCCAUCAUUGUUGCAACUCUGGGCUUGGUUCUCUUUGCAUUGCUCAUUGGGAAUAUGCAGUCCUACCUCCAAUCUACAACUGUUCGAUUGGAAGAAUGGAGGAUCAAGAGAACCGAUACAGAACAAUGGAUGCAUCACAGGCAACUACCCCCAGAAUUAAGGCAGUCUGUACAGAAAUAUGAUCAGUACAAAUGGGUGGCUACUCAAGGAGUUGAUGAAGAAGCCAUUGUUAAAGACCUCCCUUUGGAUCUCCGAAGAGAUAUCAAGCGCCACUUAUGUUAUGAUCUUGUUCGACGAGUUCCAUUGUUUGAUCAAAUGGAUGAACAGAUGCUAGAUGCGAUAUGUGAGAGACUCAAACCAGCCUUGUGCACCCAAGGCACUACCCUAGUGCGUGAAGGCGACCCUGUCAAUGAAAUGCUCUUCAUUAUCCGAGGCAACCUAGAUUCUUAUACCACCAAUGGUGGCCGUACUGGAUUCUUCAAUUCAUGCAGUAUAGGUCCAGGCGAUUUCUGUGGUGAGGAACUUCUGACAUGGGUUCUCGACCCUCAUCCAAAUAUCAUCCUGCCAUCAUCAACUCGCACAGUUAAAGCCAUAUGCGAAGUAGAAGCAUUUGCACUCAUAUCAGAGGACUUAAAGUUUGUGUCAUCACAAUUUCGAAGACUACACAGCAAACAACUCAGGCAUAAAUUCAGGUUUUACUCGCAUCAUUGGCGAGCAUGGGCAGCAUGUUUCAUACAAGCAGCAUGGCGUCGGUUUAAAAAACGUAAGAGUGCUACUGAACUAUUGGCUAUGGAGGAUCUGGUGGCACCUGAAUCUGAACUGUUAGAAGGAAAAUUGGAUGUAAAUGUGCGUCCUCCACCAGUGUCAGGCCUGGCCGAGUAUGCAGCAAGGUUGGCAGCAAACACUAGGAGGGGAAUCAAUAUGCAUUUCGGGUCGGAUUCGAGUGAUGUCAGUUCAUUGCGGAAGCCAGCAGAACCUGAUUUUUCUGUAGUUGAGGAGUGAUUUCAUAAAAAUUUUAUACAUGCAUGCAGCCAAGGGGACCUUAGAUUUAUUGAUUUGUUCAGCUAUACACAUUACGAACUCCUAUGAAUCAUUAUCACAUUGAG